AUGAGGAGGAGUGGGACAGUGAGAGUAUCCAGGACGCAGCACGUGUCUCUUUUGGAUGGUGUGCCAGAUCCUCCACCUCCAAGCUUGGCCAUUGGUCACACUUUCCCACCAGUGAGCGGCGACACAGUUUCCCAAGCUCUCUCCACCCUUACCCUCAAGGCAGAAGUCAGGUCCACUGCCUCUGAACAGUCUGACAGACUCUUAGAGGAAAUUCUCCAAUCAAAAACCCAGCCAGGGAUUCAAGGUUCUUCCAGCGAGGAUGUUCCAGAGUCAAAAGAGAACAGUGGCAAGCUGCCGACGACAUCAACAGGCAACCAGGCAAGUUCCACAGAAGGCAAAACAUUAGGAGCUGGAGACGCACACGGCAAAGACUGUGUAGAUGUGGCAUCAAGUCAAGUCACAGGAGAGGAAGAGAAUGUUGUCGACGAAAAGAGAGACAACCAGAGCAUAGGGUCAGGUCUGGAGUCCAGCUUCUACCGAGGUAGUGCCACUUUCUCAAGGCAUUCAUCGGAAGAUUUGACACCGCCUCAUAGUGAUAGUGAAGAUGAGAAAGAUGAUGUCCAGUUGAUCCUGGCAAAAAGGGAGAUGGAAACGUCAGAAGAAGGGAAACCAGCAAAUGCCCCAGCAGAUACUAACAAUGAAGGAGACACAGAGGACAGUGGAAAGGAGGAGGAUUCUUCCCUACAAGAUGUCAUCCUGGCCAUCACAUCAUCACACUUCAAGGAGAAGCACAAUUUUACGGCCAGGACACUGUACAAGGUGGGUUUUUGCACUUUGUGAGGUUGAGAAUCCAAG